AUGGUCGGAUAUCUCGUUAUCAUAACAGCAUCUCUCCUUUUAGAAUUAUUGAUAUCCCUCACGGCAUUGCGUGGAAGCAUUUUGGACACGGAACAAAGGAAAGCAAUUCCGAAUCUUCUUUACGUUCGUUUAUUUAUUUUAUUUACGGAAAUUCUAUGGCUCAUCUUUUGCGGAACGUGGAUAGCUCAAUAUUUCACCCAGUGUACUUUACUAAUUGCCAAAGACGCCCUUUUAGGUUUGGUGACUUGUAGCGUAUUCGUAAUACUUUGCUUUUUCAUCACACUAUGGUGUACUUUCGAUCCUGCCGGUCGUUCUUGGGUAAAAAUGAUGAAUUACCAGCGAAGCAUGAAAGCAUCCGAAUCGAGAUUUCAAUACAGGAGAAGCGGAAGUUGCACGAGAACGUGGAGGCAAAGGAAAGUUUUGCGAGCUUAUCAAAACAGCUGGGACCAAAGAUGCCGCCUUUUAUUUUGUUGCAUGCGCCAUUCAGACAGGAGUCAAAAUUCAUUUGGAGAUAUAGCAAGACUUUUAUCGGAUUUUUUUAGAGACAUCGACGUAGUGCCUUCGGACGUAGUCGCGGGUUUAAUACUUUUAAGAAAAUAUCAGAAAAUCGAAAGGGAGUCCAUUGUUAAACAGCGCUUAAACAAUACUUACGAAUAUCUAUCGGGAGUGGCCGUUACAUCGGGUACUCAAUUUUUGCCCUUAAACGAUCCCGUGUACUACGGAUUUUUUCAAGAUGUUAUACACUAUAUGACAUUUGCAUUGGGCGCCUACGGUUGGCCCAUGUACGUAAUGAAUAAUCCAUCGGCGACAGUUUGCCGACUUUGUACUAGUUUAAGGUGUUCUUGUUUUCCCUGCUGUCGUCGGCCUUCCGAUGAUAAUUCCGCCACGAUAAUAAAAGAUAAUUGUUGUCAGUGUAAUUACGUUGCACUCAAACAACAGAUUGAAAAAAACGACGUGGAAAUAGUGUAUGCGACGUUUCACGUCGAUGUUGGCAUAACGCCUUUUUUCGUAGCCGUAGAUUAUUCUAGGAAAAAAAUUAUUGUUAGCAUUCGAGGAACGCUCAGUUUGCAGGAUGUAAUAACGGAUUUAAAUGCAGAAGGUGAGCCCAUUCCAAUCAAUCCGCCCAAAGAAGACUGGCUGGCACAUAAGGGUAUGAUUCAAGUUGCUGUACAUAUUCAAAAAAAACUUAUUGAAGAAUCUAUUCUUAGUCAAGCAUUUAAUUUCAACAUACAACGAGGUACACAAGAUUUUAAGUUGGUAAUUGUCGGACACAGUUUAGGAGCCGGAUCCGCCGCCAUAUUAUCAAUAUUACUUCGUCAGCAUUAUCCCGACGUUAUUUGUUUUAGUUACUCACCGCCCGGCGGCACUUUAAGCAUGCCAGCUGCCGAGUAUACGAAAUCAUUCAUAACUUCCGUCGUGGUUGGAAAAGAUGUCGUGCCUAGAAUAGGUCUUCAUCAAAUGGAAUCACUCCGAGCCGAUUUGAUGCACGCGAUAAAAAGAAGCAAAGAUCCCAAGUGGAAAACGAUUUCUUGUUCUUUCAUUUGCUGCGGUUGUGCCGGAUUACCAACGUCCGCGCAAGAACUCAAAGCCGAUGAUUCCAUGCAAUUGGAAUACAAGAAAGAAAAAAAUAAAGCGCGGGAAUUUGUGUACCAUUCACAAACGAGCAACGUGGCAUUAACAAGUCAUCAACCUUUAUAUCCUCCCGGUAGAAUUAUCCACGUCGUUCGACAUCACACGACGAGACAAGAGCAAAGAUACGAAACAAAAUGGCGGCAAGUUAUUCGUAAGCGAAAACCUGUUUAUCAGGCACUCUGGGCCAACAACACAGAUUUCGAUGAGGUUCUAAUAUCACCCGUCAUGAUACAAGAUCACAUGCCUGAAAACGUUUUGGACGCUCUUAAUAAGGUAAAUUACAAAAAAAAAAAAAAUGUCUCCUCCUAA